ACAAAAUCAUAAAUUGAAGUAUUACUCCAAAAUAAUUUUUAAAAAAAGAAAAAAAUUUAAAAAAAAAGAAAAAAAAAUGGAUAUGAAAAUCAAGUUUGUUUAUUUUGGAUUGGGUGUGUUAUUUCUAGCACAUUUUGGAGAAUCUCAAAAUGCAACUUUUGAUAUAACCAAAUAUGGUGCCACAGCCAAUGCUGAUAUUAGUGAGGCUGUUGGAAAAGCUUUUAAAGAGGCAUGUGCAUCAACAAGUCCAAGUACAAUUGUGAUCCCAAAAGGAACAUUCCAAAUGAACCAAGUGCUAUUAGAAGGACCAUGCAAAGGCCCUAUUGAACUUCAAAUUCAAGCCAUUUUGAAAGCACCAACAGAUCCUAAUGCAAUUAAAACUGGUGAAUGGUUAACAGUAAACAAACUUGAUUUCUUCACAAUGUCUGGUGGUGGAACACUUGAUGGUCAAGGUAAAGAAGCAUGGGAAUGCAAAAAGUCAAAAAAGUGCACCAAGCUUCCCAAUAAUUUGAGCUUCAACUCCCUCACAAAUUCCAUAAUCAAGGACAUAACAACAUUGGAUAGCAAAGCAUUCCAUGUGAAUGUUAACCAAUGCAAGAACUUAACAUUCACCAAAUUCAACGUCAGUGCUCCGGCUGAUAGCCCGAACACUGAUGGAAUCCACGUGGCGAGAGCAAGCUCUGUGAAUAUCACAGAGUCUUCUUUCUCCACGGGAGAUGAUUGUAUCUCCAUUGGCGAUGAAACGGAACAACUUUACAUCACUAAAGUCACUUGUGGACCUGGUCAUGGUAUUAGUGUUGGUUCCCUUGGUGGAAAUCCUGGUGAAAAGCCAGUGGUUGGUGUUUUUGUUAAAAAUUGCACUUUAGUUAGCACUGAUAAUGGUGUUAGGAUCAAGACAUGGCCUGCUUCACAUCCUGGUGUUGUAUCUGAUAUACAUUUUGAAGAUAUCAUUGUGCAAAAUGUUAGCAACCCUAUUGUCAUUGAUCAAGUUUAUUGCCCAAGUGGAAAAUGCAACAAAGACUUGCCUUCACAAGUGAAGAUUAGCAAGGUGUCUAUCCAAAACAUAAAAGGUACAUCAAGAACUCAAAAUGCAAUCUCACUAACUUGUAGCAAAGGCUCACCAUGUGAAGGUGUUGAAGUUGGAGAUGUUGACAUUUCAUAUAGUGGUAAAGAAGGGCCAGCAAAAUCAAGUUGUGAAAAUAUUAAGCCAACUUUUAAGGGAAAACAAACUCCAGCUGUUUGUUCAGCUGGUGCUGAUGCUCCUGCUCCCGCCGCCGCCGCUUCUUAAAUGAAUAAUUAAAAAAAAAUAACGAUUUUGAAUUAAAAAAAAUCUCGAUGUUUGAGAUUUUUAUUGUAAGUUUGAUUGAUUGAGUUGAUGUAUGAAUUGAAAUGUUAAAUUUAUCGUAUGUUUACA